CCUCCCUCCCUUUUGGACCUCUUCACUCUUUCAACUUUGUCCAGUCAUUCGUUUUGGGCUCACGAAGGCAACACCACCACCAACUCAGUACACUCUUUUUUAUUAUUUUACCUUAUUGUGUAGUCACAGCUAGACGGACUCCGAACAAACGAACAAACAGUCUCGAACCCCCUCGUCCGACUAUUUAAAUUCACUCCUCGGACCUGUUUUCCCGUCGAUUCAAACGAAAUCCCUAGACGAAGCGAAUUCCUUCACAUUUUCGACCGUUCAGACAAAGUUGUUUCUCUCUCUCUCUUCUAAUUUCAUCCAACACCAUCAAAAUGAAGGCUUCUCUCUCCCUCGCCGCCCUGACGGCGCUCGCUGCCACCGCCGAGGCCCAGAACUGGUUGGGCUUCAACUCGGGAGCCACCAAGGCCGACCGCUCCGCCAAGUUCAAGGCCGAUUUCGAAGCCGAGUUCAAGACGGCCCAGAACCUUGAGGGCGCCCCCGGCGACUUCAACGCCGUCCGCCUCUACACCAACAUCCAGGCCUACUCCACCGACGACCCCAUCGAGGCCUUCGAGGCCGCUAUCGAGACCAAGACGUACAUCCUGCUCGGCGUCUGGACCUCGGGCACCGACAACAUCGACAAGGAGAUCAACGCCCUGAAGAAGGCCGUCACCAAGUACGGAACCAAGCUGACGGACCUCAUCAUCGGCGCGUCCAUCGGCUCCGAGGACCUGUACCGCAACUCGGUCACGGGCGUCAAGAACAAGUCGGGCGUCGGUGCGGACCCCAAGACCCUUGUCGGCUUCAUCGACGACUUCAAGUCGGCCUUCAAGGACACCCCUCUGUCCAAGGUCUCCAUCGGCCACGUCGACACCUGGGACGUCUGGGGAAACACCACCAACAAGCCCGUCCUCGACGCCAUUGACUGGGUCGGUGUCGAUGAGUACCCCUACUACGAGAACGACAAGGGCAACGACAUCAAGAACGCCGGCAAGCUCUUCGACAAGGCCUACGAGGCCACCAUCGCCACGGCCGGCGGCAAGCCCGUCUGGGUCACGGAGACUGGCUGGCCCGUCACCGGCGAGACGUGGGACGAGGCCGUCCCCAGCAAGGAGAACGCCAAGAAGUACUGGGACGAGAUCGGCUGCCGUCAGCUCUUCAACAAGGUGCCCACCUUCUGGUACAACCUCCGCGACUCUAACCCCGACAACUCGAUGAAGUUUGCCAUUACCAAGGACCUGUCCACCACCCCCCUGUUCAACCUCACCUGCCCCACCACCUUUGACACUCCCACCGGCACCUCGUCGUCCUCGGCCACCGGCACCGCGACCGCUAAGCCCAGCGCCAGCUCCGGCUCCAACAGCACCGGCGGUUCCGGCUCCGGCUCCGGCUCUGGCUCUGGCUCCAGCAGCGGCUCUGGCAGCGGUGCUAACGCCACCGUCUCCACUGGCGCUCCCUCUGCCACUUCCGGCUCUGGCUCUAGCUCUGGCUCUGGCUCCGGUGCCGAUGCCAGCAGCACGCCCUCCAGCGUUGCCUCUGGUGCCUCCAACCUCCAGUUCUUCACGACAGGCGCCCUGGCCGUUGUUGCCGGCGCUUUCGCUCUCCUCUACUAAGCGAAGAAGGAGAGUGGCGUGCACACUUUUGGGUGAAAUUUCUAGCGCAUUGGCAAAGGUGUCUUUGAUUCCCGCUCCGGACAUGUGGCUUUUUUUCCGGCAUCAUAAUCAUGGAAAGAUUUGAGGAUAGACUGAAGGAGAAAAGAAGAGGCGAUUACAAAACUAUACACACUCAUUCAAACCAACCACCGAUCGAUGAC